CGUCCUUCCGAAACAGCUUCUCGUUUUUUGAGUUUUCCAGAACGAGGUUAGGAAAGCUUAGAGAGGGUUUCCCUCAUAUAAAUGGAUGGGGGCAUUUGCUUCAAUAUCAAGAGCGACACCGUAGAGUCCUCCCGACGGGACUUACGCCUGUUUGCCUGCCCUGUAAACUCUAUGGUGCGAUAGAAACAAACGGAAGGGAAAUCCUAGCGCGGCCUGAAUUUCGACAGCCCCGAACUGCAAAGCGGUAGCAGCAGCGGCACCGCCGAGGAGGCGGCGGCGGCCGUGGACGGAGGGCGGUCGAGGUGGGGGAAAUCCUGACCUGUUACUCUCCGGCACGCGGGGCGCAGAAGUAAGAGACCAUGGCAGAACAUGGGGCUCAUCUCACUGCCACCUCCACAUAUGAGGACAGGCCUUCUAUAUUUGAAGUUGUUGCCCAAGACAGUUUGAUGACUGCUGUGAGACCAGCAUUUCAGCAUGUGAUCAAGGUAUUGGCUGAAUCCAACCCUUCAUAUUAUGGUUUUCUGUGGCGCUGGUUUGACGAAAUCUACACCUUCCUGGAUCUUCUACUCCAGCAACACUACCUCUUCCGGUGCAGUGCUUCUUUUUCUGAAAACUUCUAUGGCUUGAAGAGAGUUGCACUGAAAAGCAAAAGGAAUCAGCAGGGAUCCUUGGCCACUGCUGGACUUCCCCAAAAGCAUCAUUGGAAAUCUCUCUGCUUGCUGGUCCUGGUUCCGUAUCUGAGAACUAAACUGGAAAAGUUGAUCUCCCGUCUCCGGGAAGAGGACGAUUAUUCUAUCCACCCUCCGUCAUCCUGCUGGAAGCGGUUUUACAAGGCCUUCCUGGCUGCCUAUCCCUUUGUGAACAUGGCUUGGGAGGGCUGGUUUCUGGUGCAGCAACUGUGUUACAUUCUGGGGAAGGCUAGGCACCACUCCCCGCUGCUGAGACUGGCUGGCGUGUAUUUGGCUAGGCUGACAGCAGAAGAUCUGCGGGCUUUGGAAAACAUACAUGUAGCUGCUGGUGACGUCCUGCAAUCUUCAAACAGCAUGAAAGAGCAAAUGCAGUCAGCUGGGAAAAAAAUCUUGGGGGGCCUGGCUUUCUCUCUCUCCACUGGCCUCUCUGUGGGCAUCUUCUUCCUCCAGUUCUUGGAUUGGUGGUAUUCAGCUGAGAAUCAGGAGACCAUCAAAUCGCUGACUGCUAUGCCAGUCCCACCACCACCUGUGCACCUGGACUAUGAGACUGAUUCGCCUGUCUUGCCAAAGCUCAAGACAAUAUGUCCAUUGUGUCGUAAAAUACGUGUCAAUGAUACAGUCCUCUCCACCUCUGGCUUUGUUUUCUGCUAUCGCUGUGUCUACCCUUAUGUGAAGCAUCACCAGCGGUGUCCCAUCACUGGCUAUGCCACUGAACUUCAGCACCUUGUCAAAUUAUACACACCUGAACACUAAUAGGUCCAUUCUCCAAUCUUUAUAUAAAAACUGGAAGGCUACAUUGCAGAA